CAUACAUUUACGCUUCACGUCACAUCACUUCACCAGAUCACUGCUCAUCCCUCUGUGCUCUCCCGAUUCGGAAGUAAACAGGUUAUCAAUUUCACACACCCUCAAGUUCCUCUUCCGGUAGUAGUUGAAUUGAGGAAUUGAUAAUAGUUGAAACGGAAAUCCUUUGGAGGAAUGAUUCUCUCUGCGCUUUUGACUUCCGUUGGAAUCAAUCUCGGCCUAUGUAUUCUUUAUUUCACUUUGUAUUCUAUCUUGAGGAAGCAGCCUGGUAAUGUCGUCGUAUAUGAGCCGCGCUGGGUUGCUGAAGAAAAAUCUCAAAAGAGAAGUUUUUUCAACUUAGAAAGGCUGUUAGCUUCUCCUAGUUGGGUGGGAAGGGCAUGGAAGCUCUCAGAAGAAGAAUUAUUGUCCAUCUCGGGUUUGGAUGCUGUUGUCUUCAUGCGUAUUUUCAUCUUCAGCUUGAAAUUAUUUACUUUUGCUGGGAUUAUUGGGGUUUUUAUUCUCCUUCCUAUUAAUUUUGUGGGGAAUCAGCUAAGCAUUGAUUUUUCUGACUUGACAAACAAGUCAUUGGACUCGUUCAGUAUUUCAAAUGUUGAUGAUGGAUCAAACUGGUUAUGGAUUCACUUCAGUGCUGUCUAUAUUUUCACAGCAUUUGUCUGCUAUCUUCUAUAUACAGAGUAUGACUAUAUUUCUUCAAAAAGGAUUGCCUAUUUCUAUGCAUCCAAACCUCAGCCACAUCAGUUUACUGUUCUAGUAAGAAGUAUCCCUGUCUCAUCAGGUAGCAGCGUCACUGAAAGUGUUGAAAGCUUUUUUACAGAGUAUCAUUCUUCCACGUAUCUCUCGCACUCUGUGGUCCGCCAAACAGGCAAACUUCAGCGGCUACUUAGUGAUGCAGAUAAGUGGUAUAAGAGGCUCGUUAAGUUGAAGGCAACAAACCGUACUCACAAAAGGUCUGGGCGUGAUGGCUUUCUGGGACUGUUUGGACGCAAGGUUGAUCUUUUGGAUCACUAUGGAAAGAAGCUACAAGAUAAAGAAGAUAAUGUGCGAAUGGAGCAAUCUUCAGCGAUGGAAAAGGAAGUUCCAGCUGCCUUUGUGUCUUUCAAGUCACGUUAUGGCGCUGCAGCAGCAGUGCAUAUUGAACAAGGGGUCAAUCCGACAGAGUGGGUUACUGAGCUAGCCCCUGAGCCUCAUGAUGUUCACUGGCCUUUCUUUUCUGCAUCAUUCUUAAGAAGGUGGAUUUGCAAGAUCAUGGUUAUCAUCGUGUGUAUUGUUCUGACGGUUCUGUUCCUUAUUCCAGUUGUGAUAGUGCAAGGUCUUGCUAAUCUGGAUCAGUUGGAGACCUGGUUCCCCUUUCUGAGCGGCCUACUUAGUAUAACAUUCGUCAGUGAAGUGAUUACAGGCUAUCUUCCUAGUCUUAUUCUUCAGAUGUUCCAAUGGUUUGUGCCCCCCGUUAUGAUAAUGCUUUCUUCCGUGCAAGGUUAUAAUGCACUCAGUCAGAUUCAGAAAAGUGCAUGUUUAAAAUAUUUGUGGUUUACCAUAUGGAACAUAUUCUUCGCAAAUGUACUGUCCGGAUCAGCUCUUUACCGGGUUAAUGUCUUCCUUGAGCCCAAGGAAAUUCCUCUUGUAUUAGCUGAAGCCGUUCCAGCACAGGCAUCCUUCUUCAUUGCAUAUGUUGUGACAUCUGGCUGGACCAGUACAUCUUCAGAACUCUUUAGGCUGUUUCCCCUCAUCUCUAGCUUUAUGCAAAAGAAGUUUGCAGGAAAAGAUGACGAUGAUUUUGAGGUGCCUUCAGUUCCUUACCACGGACAAAUUCCGAAGAUCGUAUUUUUUGGACUUCUUGGUGUGACAUACUUUUUCCUGGCACCCCUAAUUCUGCCAUUCCUCUUGGUUUACUAUUGUCUAGGCUACAUCGUCUUCCGUAACCAGCUAUUGAAUGUUUAUGCACCCAAAUUCGAGACUGGCGGAACGUUUUGGCCAAUAGUGCAUGGUUCAAUGAUAUUUUCGUUGGUGUUGAUGCAUAUUAUUGCCAUUGGAAUAUUCGGGCUGAAGGAACUACCCCUAGCUUCCAUCUUUUGUGUUCCUCUUCCAUUUCUCACUCUCCUUUUCCAUGACUAUUGCCAGAAGCGGUUUCUACCCAUUUUCAAGGCUUACCCUGCUGAGUGUUUGAUAAAGAAAGACCACGAAGAUCAGAAUGAUCCUUCAAUGCCCGAGUUCCUUGACAAAUUAGUAACUGCAUAUCGUGAUCCGGCUCUGAUACCUAUCAACUAUUCUGGAAGAAGUGAUGGUCAUGAUUCUCUCCUUCAACAUGCCGCUGAGGUUUGAAGUUGGAAGGUAAUGUUGGUAACUCUAAAACAGAAUGUUUGUUUGCAUGUAGUGUGUUUGGCUAUGUUGGGUCCUGUACAGUAUCACAUCUUCUUCUUAUAAUCAUCAUCUCAAUCUCAAUAGGGAUUAUCACUGUUGUAUUAUGUUGUUUUUGUAUGUUUCAACCUUAAUGGAAGAUCGUGGUUUCUUGGUUUU